AUUUGAUUUGAAUGAUUUUGAUGUCAAAUGAUUCGAAGUUAAACAAAACUAAUGAACUACAGCAAAAUGAUGUUCCAACAGAAAUCAUAUUUUUUAUCCAUAAUGGCCAUAUUUUCCUAUAUGGUCAUUGUACAAUGUGGAUUUAAAAAUAAUUCACUUGAUUGUCAUAAAGAUGUUUUGACUGAAAUGGAUAAACAUUUACGUUCAAUGGAAUUUAUAAAUGGUGAACAACAUUUUCCCGAAACAUUUAAAGAAUUAAAAGAACAUUGUGGACGAAAUAAAAAAGUAAUCGAAUUGAUGACAAAAUUAGCUGAUAAAUGUAUGACCGGUUUUACUAAAAAUAUUAUGCAAGUAGCCGUUUAUUCUGUACGACGAUCACGUAAAUCAAUGUGUAAAAAUAAACCAAAUAAAGCAACAUUAGCAUUAAUGGAUGCAGCAAAAUGUGUAAAUAGUGGUGGUAAUCGUUUCGGUAAAUGUGUACAACGUGCACAAGUUCAUAUACAAACGGUAAAAGAUUUACCAAGUAAAAAAAGAAUUCCAUUAAUUUGUUGUGAAGUUUUACGUGCAAAAAAUUGUUUCUUAGAUGAAGCCAAAGAAGUUGAUCAAUGUACGGAACAAAAUAUUGAAACAUUACAACGUCAAUUUACACAUGUCAGUACAAAUUCAAUGAAUAUGGCUUGUGGUGAUUAUACUGAAGAUACAAAUCGUUGUGAUUCAAUUCAACCACCCAAUGGUUUGGAUUAUAAUAAGCCACCAAAAUCAUUUAUGACAUUAGCAUUGGAAUUGAUCGAUGUAUUUGAAAAUGAUCCAGAAUUACAAGUUUAAAUCAAAAAAUAAAAAAAUAAAAAAAUAAUCAAUCAUUAUCAUCUCAUCAUGUUUGCGAUCUCAUCAUUGGUUGAUGAACUUUCAAAAGUGUAUCGAA